AUGUCAUCACAUCCAUAUAACACAAGACUGAGCGCCCGGAAGCGAAUGUUGGGGGAACUACAAGAUGAUACAGUCGAGGGUUCACCUACUCGUGCUACGCAAGGCCGAACGAAGCGACGUAGGAAGAACUUAUCAGCAAAGAACAAGUGCUCUUCUAUGCCAGGAUCAGAUCUAGCCUCUCGAUGCGCGUUCAGCCCGGACGUAGCAAGUAUUACAACCAGCUCUGAAGUUCACCAAAGUCAAUUCAUCUCAUCAGGAGCCGCACCAAAGAUACCCUCUGAGUGGCCAUCACCAUCUCGAAUCGACGUUUUCGAAUCCAAGAAACUAAAGUCAAUUGAAGUAUCUAAUGGUCUACAAUCCCAAAAUGAUCCAAGAGAACAUUGGGAUCCAGCCCUACGAAGUCCUCAGAUUAACCAUCUCAAUAACACAACAAAAAGUCCUCAAAACGGAUCAAGAGAUCUUCCUGAAUGUGAUACAGAAAGUUCAUCGUCUUUUGAUGCUAGUAUACUUAUUCCUGCACCAUCACCUGAUCAGCUUGAAAACUCUCUGGUAGGAACAGAUCAAGAAACUGAAGAACAAAGUUUGAUAUCUAGAGAUGAAGAAUCUAAUGUAGAACUUAAUCAAGAUGAUCAUCAAGAAGAAGAAUCAACAAGCUCUUCGUUGAAUAGGUUUUGGCGUUUCUUUUUCUUUUAA